GGCAGUUCCACCGCCCGUCAUGUGACGCGGGCCCUCGUCCCACCCGUCUGCAGCCAUUCCACGUCUGGUCCCCAAGCUCGAGAGGGCCACGUGACACUCCGGGGCCCAGUCACGUGAGGCGCAGAUCUCGGGUGGGGGGGUUGGCAUAAGGGUCCAGAGUGGCAGUAAACGAGGAAGAUGGCGGGGUGCAGGGGGUCCUUGUGCUGUUGCUGCAGGUGGUGCUGCUGCUGCGGUGAGCGUGAGACCCGUACCCCGGAGGAGCUGACCAUCCUUGGAGAAACCCAGGAGGAGGAGGAUGAGAUCCUUCCAAGGAAAGACUAUGAGAGUUUGGAUUAUGACCGCUGCAUCAAUGACCCUUACCUGGAAGUUCUGGAGACCGUGGAUAGCAAGAAGAGUCGCAGGUACGAGGCGGUGAAGUGGAUGGUGGUGUUUGCCAUUGGAGUCUGCACGGGUCUGGUGGGUCUCUUUGUGGAUUUCUUCGUGCGCCUCUUCACCCAGCUCAAGUUCGGAGUGGUGCAGACAUCGGUGGAGGAGUGCAGCCAGAAAGGGUGCCUCGCCCUGUCCCUCCUCGAGCUCUUAGGCUUCAACCUGAUCUUCGUCUUCUUGGGGAGCCUGCUCGUCCUAAUCGAGCCAGUGGCAGCAGGUUCUGGGAUCCCCGAGAUCAAGUGCUACCUGAAUGGCGUGAAGGUGCCCGGGAUUGUGCGUCUCCGGACCCUGCUCUGCAAAGCCUUCGGAGUGCUGUUCAGCGUGGCCGGAGGGCUCUUCGUGGGGAAGGAAGGCCCCAUGAUCCACAGUGGCGCAGUGGUGGGCGCUGGCCUCCCUCAGUUUCAGAGCAUCUCCUUCCGGAAGAUCCAGGUGAACUUCCCCUAUUUCCGAAGUGACAGAGACAAGCGAGACUUUGUGUCUGCGGGGGCAGCCGCCGGCGUCGCCGCAGCUUUCGGGGCUCCCAUCGGGGGCACCCUGUUCAGCCUGGAGGAGGGCUCGUCCUUCUGGAACCAAGGGCUCACGUGGAAAGUGCUCUUUUGUUCCAUGUCGGCCACCUUCACCCUCAACUUCUUCCGUUCUGGGAUUCAGUUUGGGAGCUGGGGCUCCUUCCACCUCCCUGGACUGCUGAGCUUCGGCGAGUUUAAGUGCUCUGACUCUGACAAAAAAUGUCACCUCUGGACAGCUGUGGAUUUGGGUUUCUUCAUUGUGAUGGGGGUCAUCGGGGGCCUCCUGGGAGCCACAUUCAACUGUCUGAACAAGAGGCUCGCAAAGUACCGUAUGCGAAACGUGCACCCGAAGCCCAAGCUCGUCAGAGUCCUGGAGAGCCUCCUGGUGUCCCUGGUGACCACUGCGGUGGUGUUCGUGGCCUCCAUGGUGCUCGGGGAGUGCCGGCAGAUGUCGUCUUCCAGCCAGACCGGGAAUGGCUCGUUCCUGCCCCAGGUCGCAUCAGAAGAUGUGAAUUCGAGCAUCAAGACCUUUUUUUGUCCCAACGAGACCUACAACGACAUGGCCACGCUGUUCUUCAACCCCCAGGAGUCUGCCAUCCUGCAGCUCUUCCACCAGGACGGCACCUUCAGCCCCGUCACUCUGGCCUUGUUCUUCGUGCUCUACUUCCUGCUUGCGUGCUGGACUUAUGGCAUUUCUGUUCCCAGCGGCCUCUUCGUGCCUUCUCUGCUGUGCGGCGCUGCUUUUGGGCGUUUGGUCGCCAAUGUCCUCAAAAGCUACAUCGGUUUGGGCCACAUCUACUCGGGGACCUUCGCCCUGAUCGGCGCCGCGGCGUUCUUGGGCGGGGUCGUCCGGAUGACCAUCAGUCUCACGGUCAUCCUGAUCGAGUCUACCAAUGAGAUCACUUACGGGCUCCCCAUUAUGGUCACUCUGAUGGUGGCCAAGUGGACAGGGGACUUCUUCAACAAGGGCAUCUACGACAUCCACGUGGGCCUGCGAGGAGUGCCGCUUCUGGAGUGGGAGACGGAGGCAGAGAUGGACAAGCUGAGAGCCAGCGACAUCAUGGAGCCCAACCUGACCUACGUCUACCCGCACACUCGCAUCCAGUCUCUGGUCAGCAUCCUGCGCACCACGGUCCACCACGCCUUCCCGGUGGUCACGGAGAACCGGGGCAACGAGAAGGAGUUCAUGAAGGGCAACCAGCUCAUCAGCAACAACAUCAAGUUCAAGAAAUCCAGCAUCCUCACCCGAGCCGGCGAGCAGCGCCGGCGCAGCCAGUCCAUGAAGUCCUACCCGUCGAGCGAGCUGCGGAACAUGUGCGACGAGCACGUGGCCUCGGAGGAGCCCGCCGAGAAGGAGGACCUGCUGCAGCAGAUGCUGGAGCGCAGAUACACUCCCUACCCCAACCUAUACCCUGACCAGUCCCCAAGUGAAGACUGGACCAUGGAGGAACGCUUCCGCCCUCUGACCUUCCACGGCCUCAUCCUUCGGUCGCAGCUGGUCACCCUACUCGUCCGGGGAGUUUGCUAUUCCGAGAGUCAGUCGAGCGCCAGCCAGCCGCGCCUGUCCUACGCCGAGAUGGCCGAGGACUACCCCCGGUACCCUGACAUCCACGACCUGGACCUGACCCUGCUGAACCCCCGGAUGAUCGUGGACGUCACCCCGUACAUGAACCCGUCCCCCUUCACCGUCUCACCCAACACCAGCGUCUCCCAAGUGUUCAACCUGUUCAGGACCAUGGGGCUGCGGCACUUGCCGGUGGUGAACGCCGUGGGAGAGAUCGUGGGGAUCAUCACCCGGCACAACCUGACCUACGAGUUCCUGCAGGCCCGGCUGCGGCAGCACUACCAGACCAUCUGAGGGCCCGCUCAGUGGCCUCACGCCACGGGCCGGCCGGCCCUCUCCCGGGGCUCCCUGGGGCGGCAGCCCUGCCUGGGCCGUUCCGGGGCUCGGCACAUCCCCAGUCACCCCCUCACUCGGAAAGCCUGCAGUCAUCAGACGCUUUGCUGGUCAGAGGUCCCGGGGACGGUGUUAACCCACGAGGGUUGGGCCUUGGCCGCCGUGCUCAGCAGUAUCUUCCCAUUUCCUGCUCCCCAAGGCCCCCCAUCCAGUGUCCAGUCGGGCCGCAGCCCCUCCACCCCACUAACGCCAGGACCGGAGCAGGCGGGUGGCGGGCCUCGCUGGAGGGGGGGCCCCAGCGCAUUGUUCCUGCCCCCCCCUUGCUGCUUUCCUAGGGAACCCCGCUGUUGCCUUAAACCGUGAUGAGAGGGGCUGUGGCCCAGGCAGACACUGGGGGGAAUCAGUUGCAAAAUGAAGUGAAUUACUAAGUUCUGGAAUUGGGCACUGUGGAAACAGCCUUGUGCCUGGGGGGCCUUCCUGCACCGGGCCUCUCGGCUCGGUGCCUGUUCGUCUGAGGGACCCGCUCUGCUUCCGGGGCGUGGGCUGCAGGCGCAGUCUCUGUGCACAAGGCGUUCCCCACUGACAGUCUCUGAGUGGAAAGCCGGGCGGCAGGAAACCCCCCUUCGUUUGUGCCUGCGUCUCCCUGGAAGAGCGGCCACAGCCCAGCCCCGAGCACCCUGACGCGGCACCCCAGACGGACUGCCUGGCUCUGGGGAGCGGCGCGGUGGCCUUUGAGGUGGAGAGCAGGGAACCCUGGGGCAGUAGCCACUGCAAGGUGCGUGUGCCAGCUGGGAAAGCCCAGGUGCUGGUGACAAAGCAGACGGCGUAUUUGAGGACAAGGCUGUCCGCCCUCCAUAAACAUCUGUCACUUCCCUGCUGUCACCACACCCCUGCCUCCCAAGGGGCUCAGACGUGGGAACUGCAGGAGGGGCCUGCCUGGAGUGGGGAGGGCCGGGCCCCCAGGGGCCAGCAUUGCACAUGGGAGGCCCCCCUGUGUCUCUCGGGGACUCGGUUUCCCUCCAGGCUGGCUGGUCCUCGGGGCAGGCCCCUGAGUGGGCAUCUGAGUGUCGGGCACGUGCUCCUGCUGGCCUCUGCCUUCCGCCCACUCCGCAUGCUCACCAGCGUCCGGGGCCCACGGGGAAGCCCCGUGGCGGGUGUGCUUUGGGUCUCCAGGUGGCGCCGUUUGCAUCUGACGUUCUGAUUUGACCGCGGAAGCCGCGAGGACCGCGGGGCCCCAGCGACACCGCUCUCCUGCCUUCCACCUCAUGGUGACGUCGAUGCCAAGACCCUUGCGGCCAAGGGGGUGGGUGCGGGGCUCAGGUCUCGCGUUCAACACACUCUGAUGACCCCUUUCCUUUCAGCGAGGGCCGCUUCAGGGUCUUUUCUAACGGACCGUGGCCCCCUCCUUGCUAUUUUUUUAAAGAUUUUAUUUAUUUAUUUGUACAGAGAGGGGGAGGGGAGGGAGGAAGAGAGGGAGGAACAUCCGUGUGUGUUGCCUCUCGCACGCCCCCUGCUGGGGGCCCCGGCCCGCGGCCCAGGCAUGUGCCCCGAGUGGGAAUCAAAUUGGAGACCCUUUAGUUCGCAGACCUGUGCUCAGUCCACUGAGCCGCACCAGCCAGGGCUAUUUUCUCAUGUCUCUGACCAAAAGUGCUUUGAGGCCUAAGUUUUUCAGCAUCCCUGGAUGCACCUGAUUUGUGAAAUGUGGCUGAAACCCCCAAUAAAUCGUUCAGGAAAUCACGGGGACCAAAAAAGGCAAGCCCUUUCUCGGUGUGAUGGUGUUGCACCAACUGCCACCUUAUUCUAAAGCAGCAACUGGGAGCUCGGCCCUCUGACCCGUCCCUGUAAUGACGAAGGGAGCCAGUUGCACGGGUCAUGGGCAGAGCCUGCCUUCCCAGCCCUCACAGAGACUGGAGGGGCCCACGGCCUGUGGGAGGGCCUCUGGCGUCCAGGGCCGGGCCACCAGGUGCUCCCCAGAGCCACCGGGGGAAUGUCGUCGGAAUUGACCCCAUGCACAUUGCAUUGCCCUUCAGCCACCAAGAUACCUUGCUCCCACCAGCAUAGCCCAGACAUAGACGGCAGAAUGCAAUACCUUCCUCCCCCCAAACUCCCUGCACAACCACCAGGGAGGACCCACACCCAGGCCCCUCUGGAAGGACACCCUUCCCGUCCUCUGUGGACGGCUGUCCUUUCCAGAUAAGCCCAAAGACAGCCACUGCCCGCCUUGUAGCAAAGCAGCUGUUAGCCUCGCGCCUCUGAUUUCUGUUAGAAGCCUGCAUUUCCAGCUCGCACCUGGUCCCGCGAGCCCCACGGCCUCCUGGUGAUGUGGUCCCUCCACAGAUAAAACUGCAUAGAGGGCUCUGGGGUGGCUAGAGGUGGUCGUGUUUUGUCUCCAGCCUGGUGCUUCGUGGCUCCCCGGCUGAGGUAGGUGGGGAAGUCGGGGGGAGAGUCCCCACAGCCGUGGGGCCUUUGCACUCUGCCAGGUGAUUUGCUCGUGACCUUGUUUAGAGACUGCUGGCUGGACUGGACGCCUGUUUGACCCAGCUGCCCAUAGGACAUUUCUGAUGUGAAGGGGCACAUUGACGCAGCCUGGUGACCAGAAAGCCUCCAGAAAGGCCAGGCGCACCCUCCUGGCCCUCGGGAUCUGAGAGCAGCGUUGCCCUGCAGCUCCCAUGGACCUUGGUCGUAGCGAUGGCCACGGCUUCCUUGGUUCCGUUUGCACUGUUGGUUUGUACAGUGAUGUGUGCUAAUUCCACUGUGUAUGUAAAUGGUGUCUUUUUUAAUUUGUAAAAUCCUAUUUUUAUUUGAACUGUUGGAACUUGGACGUUCUCAUUAUAACCUUACCAUGUCAGAGUAAAACGUC